UUCCCUUCUCCAACCCCUCUUUUUUUCUUAAUUUCUCCUUUAAUUCUCCCUCGCCAACUAACUUCUUCGCUGAUUUGUUUUCCGUUCCUUACCGACUUCCGAGCACAUCUCCCGCUGCACCGCUGGUUCGAGUGAACUUCGACCGACUAUGGUUGGUUGAUCACCCGCAAUCUUUUGUCGUGUGGCCACCUUCAAUCCUUAUCUACCGCCUCCAAAAGAACUACUUCUACCACCUCAACACAACUCGACUCUUCCUCCAACUCACUCCUUCACAAUGAUGGACGACGAAGCUUCCGUCGGGAUUGGCUCCCCUCGAGCCGGUUCUCGAAGACACGGCGGCAAAGGGAAACGAAGCAUCGGACAUCAUGGCGACGCCAGUUGGGUCAGCUGUGUGAUCAACUUGGUCAACACAAUUAUCGGUGCCGGUGUUAUGGCCAUGCCGCUGGCCAUCUCUCACAUGGGAAUCGUCCUCGGUGUCUUUGUGAUUCUGUGGUCAGGAAUGACCGCAGGUUUCGGUCUAUAUCUCCAGUCUCUAUGUGCCCGAUAUCUCGAACGAGGCACUGCAUCCUUCUUUGCCUUAUCCCAGAUCACCUAUCCCAAUAUCGCUGUCAUCUUCGAUGCCGCCAUUGCGGUCAAAUGUUUUGGUGUCGGUAUCAGCUACCUCAUCAUCAUUGGCGAUCUGAUGCCGGGCGUGGUUCAAGGAUUCGUUGGAGGUGCUCCCGACUAUGACUUUUUGGUGGACCGGCAUUUCUGGGUAACAGCCUUCAUGCUGAUUGUUAUCCCUCUCUCAUACCUCCGUCGCUUGGAUUCGCUCAAGUAUACAAGUAUCGCAGCUCUGGUCUCGAUGGCCUAUUUGGUGGUACUGGUCGUAUACCACUUUGUGAAGGGGGACACCAUGGAGGACCGUGGUCCGGUUCGAGUGAUUCACUGGGCAGGCCCUGUACCUACCCUCAGCAGUCUGCCUGUGAUUGUUUUCGCGUUUACAUGCCAUCAGAACAUGUUCUCAAUUUUGAAUGAGAUCGGCAACAACAGCCAUUUCCGAACCACCGGUGUAGUCCUGGCCAGUAUCGGCAGUUCGGCCGCCACAUACAUUCUUGUGGCCAUUACUGGGUACCUCUCCUUUGGAAACAGUGUCGGCGGAAAUAUCGUGAGCAUGUACCCACCGGGUCUUUGGGCCACGAUUGGCCGCGCUGCUAUCGUCAUGCUUGUCAUGUUCUCGUAUCCUCUUCAGUGCCACCCGUGCCGGGCCUCCGUUGACGCAGUGCUGCGCUGGAGGCCCAAGUCCUCGUCCAAUAGCGACACCUCCCCUCACCGGAACCCCCUCCUGGGGCAGAGGGGCGGCCGGACUGCGGAGCCGAUGAGUGACCUCCGAUUCUCGAUCAUUACGACUACCAUCCUUGUCCUGAGCUACAUUGUGGCCAUGACUGUGUCUUCCUUGGAGGCCGUCCUUGCCUAUGUCGGCAGCACAGGAAGCACCAGCAUCAGCUUCAUUCUCCCCGGAUUGUUCUAUUACAAAAUCUCCUCUCCCGAUUCGCCCCACCACCAGCGUCUGAUGAAAGAAGACGACGAAGCAGCGGAAGGUAUGCUAUCCGAUGAUAGCAACGAUGAAGACGGAGAAGAGAGCGUGCAGGCACGCCCCCUAACCGACAGCGGCAUCCUCCGCCGAGGAAAACGCAACUGGCGCCGUACCCUUCUACGAAAGUUAAGUUUGGCACUCGUAGUAUACGGGGUGGUGGUUAUGGUCGUAUGCCUGAUCACGAACUCUGUUUUCAUUGCUUCUCACUAGAUGGGUUUUGGUUUGGUUUUGGAUGCGGGGAAGGUGAAAAGAUCUGGAUGCGUUCCAUUUCCGUCCACUAGCUUUUUGGCCCUCGUGUGAGGUGACCUUUUCCGCUUUCCUACUAAAUUUAGACACUCCCUACCAAUCUUCUUUUCUUAGGUUUAUUUCUUUGUUUCUUGCAUCUAUUGGUUUCCUUUCGGGUUUGCGAUCUAGAUCUGGGCUCUCUUCGUCCAACGGUUACAAUGUUGGGGUUUCUGCACGCUAUACCAUUGCACCGGCGUUGGGGUUCGUGUUUGGUCCGGUUUAGAUUAACGUCUUAAACCUUGG